AUGCUCAUCUUAAUCAUCGGAAUCUUGGCAAUUGCCAACGCCGAAAUUAUUCCAAGAGAACUUUUAUUUGAAGAUCCAAAAUAUUCGUCAGUUUCGCUAAGUCCAGAUGGAAGGUAAGAAAAUUUGUUUUCGGGAAACUGUGUGAUUCCAAAAUCUUUUUUUUCAGACAAGUAGCUUAUAUUGCUCCAGAUGAUAAUGGAAUUAAAAACGUAUUUGUGAGAUGUUCUAGCUGUUCCUCAACAAAACAAGUAACAUUCGAAGGAAAACAUGCUGUGUUAGGUAAGUUAUUAUAACUCGAUCUAUUUGAACACGAAAAAACAACACAAAGAACAUUUGUUUGUUUUUUAGGCUACUCUUGGACAGCUUUACCCGAUAUUAUUCUUUAUUCUCAAGAUGACCAUGGCGAUGAAAACACACGUUUAUACAAAAAGAAUAUUUCAGAGGUUUGUGUAAAUAAAAGGAGCAAGAACUAAAAAUAAAUAGUGUGUUUUAUAGAAUGCCGACAAAAAUAAUCGGUAUACAGUGAGUGACAAAGCACAUGUAAAAGCUAUUAUUAUGGCAAAUAAUGUGAUUUCGGAGAAUGUUUUGAUUGGUUUGAAUGACGAGAAUCCAGCACUUCAUAAUAUUUAUUCAUUCAAUUUGCGAACAAAUGAACUUAUUAUGGUGCUUCGCAACAAAAGAUUCCCAAUGUUUAUUUUUGAUACUGAUAUGAAUAUUCGAUUAGCAAGUGAGGAAGGACCUGAUGGACAGAUGAUUUAUUAUAAACCAUUGUCACGCGCAAAACCUAUGAAUACUGAAAAAGACAAUUGGGUUGAAUAUAUGAGAGUUGAUCAUGAUGAUAAACCAAUCACUAUGUAAGUGAAGAAAAAUACAUUUUCUAGAAAAACUUUCCUUUUUCAGGCCAAUUUCUUUUGAUAAAACCAACAAUUUCAUGUAUUGGAUUCUUGGAGAAAAUAGCGAUUUGGGAAAUCUUGUUGUUCUUCCAUUCGAAACUCCAAAUCAACGUGAAACUCUUUACACUGCUCAAAAAGCACAAAUCGGAAAUGUUCUUAUUCAUCCAAUCGACAAAACAUUGAUUGCUGUCACUGAAGUUUAUCACAAACCGGAAUUAUUUGUUGCCAAUGAGACAUAUAUGGAUGAUCUACAGUAUUUGGUGAAUUUGAAACCAUCAGGAUCUAUGCAGAUUUUAUCAAUGAGCAAUGAUAUGAAUACAUGGCUUAUCACUUAUGCUUCAGCUGAUCAUCCAUUUGAAAUUUAUAUUUAUAGAAAAUGGGUUAAGAAGGCUGAAUUAUUUAUGAGUACUCGACCAGAAUUGAAAAAUUAUCAAUUGAACAAACAAGUUGGAUUUGAUUUCCCAACUCGCGAUGAUUUCACACUUCAAGCCUAUCUUUCACUUCCACCAACAGCUCCACUUUUGAAAUCAUCCCAAGUACCAGAUGCUGAUAAAGUAUACGCAAAUAUGGGAAUGAUUCCAGCUGUUCCACAAAAACUUGUUGUUUUGGUUCACGGAGGACCAAAAGCAAGAGAUUCUUAUGGAUUCAGUCCAACAAAUGCUUGGUUAACAAAUCGAGGAUACGCUGUUCUUCAAGUCAAUUUCCGUGGAAGUGUUGGAUUUGGAAAACGAUUGACAAAUGCGGGAAAUGGAGAAUGGGGACGAAAAAUGCAUUUCGAUAUUUUGGAUGCUGUUGAAUUCGCGAUCGCUAAAGGAAUUGCAAACAGAAAUGAGAUUGCAAUUAUGGGUGGAAGUUAUGGAGGAUAUGAAACAUUGGUUGCUCUUACAUUCACACCAAAUGUUUUUGCAUGUGGAGUUGAUAUUGUUGGACCAUCAAAUUUGAUCUCACUUAUGCAAGCUGUUCCACCAUAUUGGCUCGGAUUUUAUAAAGAUCUUGUCAAAAUGCUUGGAGCUGAUAUCACUUCGUAAGUUUCUUUUGACAUAAAAUGUGACGGGCAUAUCAAUAAUUAUCAUCAUUUACAGAGAAGAAGGUCGAGAAUCAUUAACUGCUAGAUCUCCACUUUUCUUCGCCGAUAAAGUCAGCAAACCACUAAUGAUUCUUCAAGGAGCAAAUGAUCCACGUGUUCGACAACAUGAAUCGGAUCAAUUUGUUGCCGCUCUUGAGAAAAAGAAUAUUCCAGUCACUUAUAUUCUUUAUCCAGAUGAGGGACAUGGAUUCAGAAAGGCGAAUAAUCGAUUGGAACAACACGGACAUAUUGAAUCAUUCCUUCAUUCUUGCUUGGGUGGAAAAACUCAACCAUUCCAACCUGGACAAUACAAAUCAUCUGCUAUUGUCAAAAGUGUUGGAAUCGAAGAAAUUCCAGUUACCACGACAACAGUGUCUACAACUGAAAAUCCAACAACAACACAAGAAAUCACAACAACCCGAUCAUCCGGAACUUUGGCUCCAACAAUUUUCUAUCGCCCCGCAAUUCGAGCCAACCGUGUUCAUUAUCCACCAUCACAAAAUGUCAUGAACAGAAUUUUCCCAGUUCAAGGUUAAUUAAAUCCAGUUAGGAUUAGGCCUAUAUGCCCCCAAGUUUCAACAACGUGUAAAAUAUUUAUUUAUACAUAUAUAUUUAGCCUUAAAAGGUGCAACAUAACAGCCCCGAACGAUUAUUUGAGCUUUAUUGAUUUUAUACCAAAGUUUUAUGUAUAUUUUGAAAUAUUUGUGAAAAAAGAAAAGAUGCUUUAAAAAAUAGAAAAAAAUAAUAAUGAAUAUUUGUAUUAUUAUUGUCUUCGUUUAUUUUAUUUAUUAUUUUAAAAAAUUAGAGAAUGGAGAAAAUUUGACUCGAGCCCAAACUUUUGUUUUCAGAAAAAAAAAAAAUUUGGCGUCCUAAUUGUUUUUGGGUAUUCGUCUAGAAAAAAGUUGUGUUCCUCACUAUUUAUAGGAAAUCUUGCCCAACUUUUCUUUGCUUCCCCGAAUAAAAGUUCAAAAGUAUGCUGAUUUGUAAUUCAAAUUCAAAUUCUCAUCCGCCGUCAAAUGGACCAGAAAAAAGUCUAUCAAAAAUUCAUUGUUCAAAAAAAGAUUAUAUAGCAGCUUUCAACUUUUUGCUCGUUUUUUUUCUCUAUUUCUCUUUUUAUUAUUCUUAUUAUUACAAUUUUAUGAUGACAUCAAAGCUCUUUUCUUUUCUUUUUUCUCUCUAAACACUGUGCUAAUCUAAUUUGACCAAAACAAAAAAGAAAGAAAUUGAGUACCUCCAAAACUUGAUUGCUUUUUUCUUGGCUUUUUUUUUGUUUUCCCGACAGGGCUUCUUAUAUUUUUAUUUUUCAGAGAGAAAAAUAACUAGGAAUCAUGUUUAUCGCGAAUAACUGUAUUUUUCGAUGGGAAGAUGUGAGUUCAAAUUUCAUAAUUUUGAAAAUAUAGAAAACUUAGAACAUGUUGACAAGUAGAUUUGGUUCAUUUUUGAAUCUAGAGUAUAUUUGAUCUAGUCUAAAAUCGAAAUGAAAUAUUCAAAUCUACUCUACGCAAGAGUUAAAGUGUUUGCACACAUCAAUCUAAUUGACGUGGAGGCAACACGAAAUUUGAAAAAUUAAAUACAUUAAACUAUUUAAGUUCGUAUUAAUUUUAAUUUUUGAUAAUAAUUUUACUAGUCCCUUUCAUAUUAAUUUUUUUUUACAAAAAUCUUCGGAGGUAACCGGAAUAAUUGUCUAACCUCGUUUAAAAUUUGAAUUUAGUGAGCUUUUCCCCCCAAUUUGUUCAAAUUGAAAAAAUCUUUAGAAUAUCCGUUUCCUUUAUCUAAAUACCUAAUUUCGGUUAGACAAAUUUCUUCCCGUUUUUUUUUUCAAAAAGAUGACAUUUGAUGAGAGAUGUCUCAAAUUUCUCUAUCUUCACAAUAAUUUUGGAAAACUCAACAUUUUCAUUUUUCAAAAUAUUACUAUAAAAUGAAUUUAUUACAUCGUUUAACGAAAUCUGAAUCAAUUCAACAAGCAUUUCGAGAUUAUCCAACAGCACAUUUUGUGAGUUUCAGAAAAUUCUUUAAUUUUCCCUGCGAGUUUUUUAAAGUUAUAGGAAUCCAAAAGCCCAAAAAUAUGAUACAUAUUUUCGUAUUCCAUCCAUUAUGACCAAAAAUCCACCCUCACUUUCCUUGGCUCUUCAAGAAAAAAAUAAAAACAAUAAAUACUUACCAGAUGAGACCUUUUUUGCUCAAAAUGAGUUUCUUCUAUUUUUGAACACAAAAAUUUCAUUAAUUUUUCUCGCUCUCGCGCAAAAAAGUAACCUUUCUUCCGUUUAUUGGAUAUUUUUUUGGGGCAGCUGAAAACUUUUGCUCGCCCCGAAUUUUUUAUUCAUUGAUUUUCUGACUGCUUUCGACUAGUAUUUUUCACUGAUUUUUGACGGGCGACAAAAAAUAAGUGCUUGAAAAAAUAAAUACAAAAUGUCAGACUCACCGAGAAGACAUUCGGUUGGUCAUUUUUUACGACAAUUUGCUUCUACUAUUAUUCCAUUGGCACAAGUUCCAGUUAAGAAAAUCGUGAGUGAAAAAAUAGGAAAUUAAUUUGGAUGUGACAAGGGAAUUGUUCAACUUGAGAUUUUUAAUAAAAUUUUACAAGAUUUUCCCCAAACUGUUUUUCUUCAAAAAAGUUAUUCUCAUUAAUCCAAAGUCUAAUAAAAAACUUAAAAUUCAAAAAAUCUGGUUAAAAGUUAACUUCGAAAAUAAAAAUUCAAAAAUAUUACUCAUUGCCUACAUUUUCCAAACUAAUAAAAAUCUAAUCAACUUAAGUGUUUUUCGAAAGAAAAAAGUUUCGAAUUUCUUCUAGCUAACAUAAAUUCACAACUCAUUUCUUCACUUAUCUGAAACGUCUUUUCACAUUUUUUUUCUUUUUUCUCAUCCCUUCUAAUUAUCUUUUUUCUUGCUCGCUAGAAAGAAGUAAGGAAUAAAAAAACAAAACUUUUUCUUGAAUUUUUUGAUGAGUUGUGUAUAUGACAAGCCUCAUUUUCCUUCGUUUUUUUCCCGAUAAUUUAUUACUUUUUAUGAAAAAGUAUGAGCUUUUUGUUGAAAAUUUAUUGGUUUUUAAAGUUUAUAUAAAAAGGAACCAAGAAGAGGAAAUAAAAAGUUUGAAAUUGAAUCCACCAAAAAAACACAACAUUAGGAGCUAUUGUGUUUGACUUUUUAGUUUUGGCAAAAAACAUUUCUAAGUUUCUGAUACUUUUAAAUAUCUAAUAAUGAUUCAAGAAAUUAGAAGACGUAGUAGAGCUAAUCUACGAAGGGCCACUUUAUUUCUUGGAAUCGGUUUAGAACCAAAAGUUCAUCAGGUUCAAAAAUAACUAUAUUAAUUCAUCGACGAAUUACAUUUGCAGAUGCCAACCACUCAAAUAAAUAUUGUUUUGAGUGAAUCAAGAACUAUGGCUGGAGAAUAUUUCAAUGCAAAAAUAUUGCUUGAUUCAUCUGAUCCAGAUACUAUAAUUCACUCAUUUACUGCUGAAAUCAAAGGAAUUGGGAGAACUGGUUGGGUUAACAUUCAUACUGACAAAAUUUUCGAAACUGAGAAAGUGAGUUUUUUCGUGAAGGCUAUGCACAAAAAUGUAUUUCAGUCAUAUAUUGACACUCAAAUUCAAUUAUGUGAGCCUGGAACUUGUCUUCCUGUUGGCAAACAUCAAUUUCCGAUUCAAAUUCAAAUUCCUGCAAAUGCCCCAAGCAGUUAUGAAAGUCAAUUCGGAAGUGUUCGAUAUCAAAUGAAAGUUGAUUUAUCAGCGAGUACUGAACAAGCUUCAUCAUCCGAAGUUUUUCCAUUAGUUGUGUUAAAUCGUUCAUUUUUCGAUGAAGUUCCAUUGAAUGUUAUGUCUCCAAUUGAUUUUAAGGACGAGGUUUACUAUACUUUUAAAGUAAAAACAAGACAAUACAAAUAUUUACAGGUCGAUUUUACAUGUUGCACUCUUCCAUUUGGAUGUGUUUCUUUAGUAAUGUCAUUGCCAAGAACAGCUUAUAGAAUAGGCGAAUCAAUUGAAUGUAUUGUUACAAUAAAUAAUCGAACAAGAAAAGGAUUGAAAGAAGUUGCACUACAACUUGUUAUGAAAACACAAUUUGAAGCAAGAAGUCGAUAUGAACAUGUUAAUGAGAAAAAGUUAGCUGAACAACUUAUUGAGAUGGUUUCAUUGGGAGCAGUUCGAAGUAGAUGUCGAAUGGAAUUCGAAAAAUGUUAUCUCAAAAUUCCUGAUGCAGCUCCCCCAACUCAAAAUUAUAAUCGAGGUGGAGGCGAGAGUUCAAUUAUUGCAAUUCAUUAUGUUCUCAAAUUAACAGCAUUGCCUGGUAAGAUUUUGAAUAGAAAAUCUAAAGAUUUCGAAUAUUUUCAUAGGAAUUGAAUGCGAAGUUCCACUUGUUGUAACAAGUUGUGGUUAUAUGGAUUCACAUAAACAAGAUGCAUUUCAACAUCAUUUGGAUAGAGCACGUGCCAAAACAUCAAAAUGUGAACAAAGAAAAACGAGAAGUAUUGUUGAAGAAAAUCCAUAUUUUAGAUAA